GGCUCAGUUUUGGGGCUAACCUCACACUGAACAGUUCAGGAAAAUCGAACAAAAUUUGCCUAAAUUUCGUUGGCUUUUAUUUUGGCUUCUGCUUGUGUCAAACUUGUUGCACUCGCCAGCUAGACCAUGGCGGACGACAGGCCCUUCAAUCCCUUCUACAUUGGACCGCACCCGAGCAGAGCUUGCGCCAUACCCGAGAUACCCGGCCAGCAGUGCAAUCCCGCCUGCGGCAGCGCACCCUCUGCCGAAGCGCCCAACGUCAGCAGCAGCGACCAGUUGGCGGCCCACCCAACAGCACAGGAAGCAGCAGCAGCAGCAGCAGCAGAAGCAGAAGCCGCAGCAGCUACAGUCUCCAUAGGCACAGCAGCACCUGGACAAUCGCUGAGCGCCACUGCCGCAGCACCGAUCUUGGUCACUGGUGGAGCCAAGCCGGUUGCAGUGCUUGUGGCCAGAACCUUGUUGGUGCAGCCGGGAACAAGCGACCCAGCAAACUGCCAGACGUAUCCCUGCAUGGAGGCAAAACAUAAUUAGCAGAGCAAAAGCCCAACAAAUUCCACCAGAGUUAGCCCCGAAACAGAGACAAUAAAACGGCACAGCAACAACCCCAA